AUGACAUCACGUCUACAUCUCACCACUCAAGCAGAGAUGGACAAAUGUUUUGAUUUGUUGAACCGACAGUCCGAACAUAAAACUCACUGGGAGAAAUCAGAGGGCAAUUGCCUUUCUUUUUUUUCGAUACCCUGGACAUUGAGCCCUUCCGUCUCAGACGUCAGACGGUACACGGUGUACACUUACAAAGCGAGAACAGUGCACACAGAGGCUGACUUGCAUGCCUUUUUGAGAGUUGUAGAGCGCAUUGAGUUCCAAGUGAUUGCACUGCAAGAGACCAAGAGCAGAAGGAGCGACGUACGACAGAUGAAUGACGGUACACUCGUCAUUCGUGGAGAGAAGGUUCCGUCGCGAAAUGUAGGCGGUGUUGGUUUUGUUGUGCACCCAUCUGUCAUCCAUCUUGUCGAUUCACAAGAAAUCCUGUCACCUCGUUUGGCCAUUCCUCGCCUUCGCCCUCAAAAACCUAUCAACAUCAUCGACGGCUACUCACCAACAUCAGUAGCUGAUGAUUCCGAACUGGACGCGUUCUACGAGUUGGAGGAAGUUAUCCGCAACGAGAAGUCCUUUUACAAAUUCGUUGUCGUAGACUUCACUGCAAAAGUAAAAGAGCGCACAGAAGAGAAAUACGGGAUUGGAAGAUUUGGACCAAGGGACCGGAAUGAAAACGGAAAUCGUCUCGUUGCGCUGCUGUCCGCCACUCGCCUCUUUCAUGAGAGUAGUCUUUUCGUGAAGAAAGAUCACCGUCAAUGGACAUGGAAAUCGCUCAACGGCAUGACUCGUGGACUCGUGAAGAGAGCGACCACAUACUAA